GCAUCCAUACCCUUCACCCAGAUACAGGUGCGCGCUUGGAGAAGGGCGCCGUUAUGCCAUGGGUGCAUAAGGGAUCCCAGUGCUGGUUCCAUAGGGUUGCGGGCCAACCUAUUCCCAACCCUUGCCACAUGCCAACGCACUUUAUGCUGCCAGGUGCCCAAACAGGACGGGAUAGACGACUGCGGGGUCUACACAAUGCGUUUUAUGCACCAUCUAGUGGAGACCAGAUUUGCAGAUCUCGGACAAAUCGAGCUGGAGGGAGAUCCAAAAGCGUGGCGGAGGCAGUAUCGGCGAGACCUGCGGAAAUGGUCAAUGUACUACAAUGAGUACGAGCAGAAGCUCGCCUGCCUCUCAGAUGUCACUGCGCCUACGUGAUCUGUCUAGAGGACGCUUAACCCAUGUAAUGCCGUGCACACGGCCAUGGCCAUCCCCCCCCACGACCGCAUGGAGUGGACGGCCAAGGGACAGUUUGUGAAGGCGACCCCGCAUGAGUGGCUCUUCUCUGACGUCUCUAUCAAGCCCGCAGAUGGAGUCGGCCCACCGUGGUACGGCCGGGCCCUCGUGCUGUUCCACUACCUUGACGAUGCAGGUGUGGAGGGUCGUGCCGCCUACAUUCAGUACUACACCGAGCACCCGCGGCCAUGCCCGGACACCGGGUGCAAGCGCCUGAGCCCAACGACGGGCAUCGACAACUACGCUGUCAUUGACAUGGAUUGCAUCCUAAGCCUUGCCCAUGUAGUCCCAAGCUGCACAGAGCCUGAGUACCGGCUUGUUAACCGUUUUCUCUUCUGACUCGACAUGCACGUGUCCCCUGCCACCCUUUAUAAAUUACAUUCAUUACG